GCAGAAUUUGUAUUUAGCUAGUACAAAAUAUAGAAGUUUUCUUUGAGUGAUUUUCACUGUUGAAUUCAGGGAAAAGUUUGUCAGGAUUGUGGUGAUGAAGGAGUUUCGUGGCUUCUCAUUUAUUGCCAAAAAUGCCAUGAUUCUGCAGUGCAUCACUAUUGCUUGGGAAGUUAUGCUCCCAAUGAUAACAAUAUACAUUGGAACUGCGACGAGUGUGUUGAAAAGGAUGAUCUAUCUAGUUCAUCUAAGAAAAGUAAAUUGAUACAUGGAUUGGACCGAGAAGAAAGAAGAAAGAACACAUGCAACUUCUUCAACCAGAAAAAAAUGCAUAAUAAGAAGGAUGACACAAAACAAGAAGUUAGACUGCCGUCAGACCAAAUAUUUCCUCUUAAAAACAAGAAUAACAACAACAUUGAGAUGAGAAAUGUGGAAUCAAUUAAUAGAGCCCAAAAGACCAUUCCGAUUGUGGCAUCCAAAAAGCUUGCCUCUGGUUUUCUCCAGCAUUUGGAAUGCGAUUAUGAUAUGAAUGAGCAACAGCCAAUUGAAUAUUUUGAAGCGAAUAAGUGGUCGCCCAUAUCUAAUUCCAUUGUUGCAGCGACCAAGUCAUCAUAUUACCAACCAUCCAUGAUUAGUUACGACUACUAUCACGCACAACCAAUUAUUGAUCCAAUUUGGAGAGGAAAGAUGGUUAUAAAUAAUAUGAAGAGCAUUGUCUCAAUGGCUGCUCAUUUAUCAACCAGAGCAUGUCCCAAAGCUAUAGAAGCUGCAAAAACUUUAGCACCAACAAUUGAUGUUGAGACUAAACCUCGUCAUGAUGUAUGGCCUGCCCGUUUCCAGGAAUCACCACCAACUGUUGAGUCUAUAGCUCUCUUUUUCUUUCCUGAGUCGGAAAGUGAGGAACAGUUUUUUGACAGGCUACUUGAAGGCAUAAUUAAAAGAGAUUAUUCUCUUAAAAGCAUGGUCAGUUCUGUGGAGCUCUUGGUUUUCCCAUCUCAUAAGUUGCCCCCCGAACACUCAAGAUUUAAUGGCAAGUAUUAUUUGUGGGGUAUUUUCAGAAACAAGCAAAAGAAGGCUGUUACAGAAAGUAAGUAUUAGAAAUGUCGAUAUUCUUUUUUUGAAUAUGCUCAUUGUAAUGACAAUAAUAGGAAGCCAGUCACUACUAAUAGUUUUUGUGCUAGGUAACAACACAAUUGUGUGAAUUGUGUUUUGUUUUGUCUUGUAAACAAACAAGUUUGUUUGUUUGUUUGUUUACACUACAACUAACAAACCAGUUUGAUGAUGUUUAGACCAAAGUAAAAAUUGUAAGAAGCCAAAUCUUAAGCAUUUUUGAAUUGUAUGGAAGGGUUAAGAUUUUAAAUGUA